UUUCUACCAUUAUCCUCUACAUAAGCCGCAUUCUUUGCGAUUCAUUUCACUCAUUUUCUGUGUAUAGAGAGAGAAACCGAGGGCAAAAAGAGGUUGCUUCAUCUAUUGUUUCUUCCCCCAAUCUUUAUUUCAAAAUCUGCAGUUUUUGAUCUAUUCCAGAGCUUGCUGUAUUGUUUGCUCAUUGAAUCAAUAGAAACCCAGUGAAAAAUCUUGUUUUUUUGGAAGGGAUUUUGAAAUGGCGCCCAGUCUUGAUUGCUUGGUAUCAAGUUUACUGUGUGCAGAAGACAAUGACAGUAUUUGUUACGAUGAUGAUGAUGGUGAUGAUGAUGAUGGUGAUGUUUUAUGGGAUCAUAUAAAUCAUCAAAAUGCUAAUCAAAACCAGAGAUUCGUCAACCUUCUUGAAACAGAGCAUUCCCUUCUUGAUUUUCCUUUGCAAACUGAUGAGUGUUUGAAUUUAUUGAUUGAAAAAGAAUGUGAACAAUUUGUGGGUUUUUUUGAUUAUUUGAGUAAACUGAAGAAUGGGGACUUGGAUUUGGUUGCAAGACAAGAGGCUGUUGAUUGGAUUACAAAGGUUCAUGCUCAUUUCAAAUUUGGACCUCUAAGUGUAUAUUUAUCCAUAAAUUACUUGGACAGAUUCCUUGCUGUUUAUGAAUUACCUGCCAAAGCUUGGAUGAUGCAGUUGCUAGCUGUAGCCUGUUUAUCAUUGGCAGCAAAAAUGGAAGAGACUGAAGUACCCCUCAUCUUGGAUUUGCAGGUGGGUGGAUCAAGAUUUGUGUUUGAAGCAAGAACCAUUCAGAAAAUGGAGCUACUUGUGUUGACCACAUUGAAAUGGAGGAUGCAAGCAGUGACUCCAUUCUCUUUCAUUGAUGAUUUUCUUGGGAAGGUCAAUGAUGGUCAACCCACUUCAAAAUCUUUGAUUUUGAGAUCAACCCAACUCAUUUUAUGCACAAUUAAAGAGAUCCAGUUUUUGGAAUUUAGACCUUCUGAGAUAGCAGCAGCAGUGGCAACUUAUGUGGUGGGAUCAACUCAGAUUUCUUCCCUGGUUCAAAAGGAUAGGGUUCUUAAAUGUGUGGAGUUGUUAAAGGUUGGCUGUACAAUGAGCUUAAUGAGUGAUACAUUGACAUCAUCAUCAAUGCCAAAGAGCCCAAAUGGUGUGUUGGAGGCUGCAUGUUUGAGCUAUAAAACUGAUGAUUCAGAUUCAGCAGUUGGGUCAUGUGUAAACUCUGCUAAAAGGAGGAGGCUCAACAACUCACCCUUUGAUUAAGAGAUCUGGUUUCAUAUUAAAUUAAAAAAAUAAACUUGGUUGGAUUCUUUUU